AAAAAAAGGAAAAAAAAGAAACCAACCCCCCAAAAUUUUCCGCCCCGAUUUCACGAUCGAAAUCAUCCAAACUGCUGGAAUUUCAUCGCUGAAGGAAAGGCUGCACCUUUUUGUGAUCGGUGGCAUUUCGAGGUGUUCUUGAAGCUCACUAGUGGAAAUGCCGGCCUACCGGAGGUUGUCCCGGGUAGACACAGUUGAGCUCAAGUCACAGAUUUUCAAGAAACUUGGAGCUCAGAAAGCUGAGAAGUACUUUUAUAGCCUUGAAAGAUUGCUCACUCGCAAACUUAGCAAGUUAGAGUUUGAAAAACUUGUGUUAAGUACUAUAGGGAAGGAGAAUGUUGGCCUUCAUAACUUGUUAAUUCGAUCAAUACUGCACAAUGCCUCUCUUCGUGAUGCUCUGCCAAGCAAAGAGACUGCUUCAGGGCACUCGAGAACCAGUAGAACACUUAAUGGGCAGGUUGUAGACCCAAUUUUGAUGUCCCCUCGAAGGGGGCGAUCCACAGGCAGUCGUGAUCGUAGGUCUAGCAACCGCCCGAGUCCACUUGGACCUUAUGGAAAGGCUCUCCCUGGAAAUUUACAGGAGGUUUCUAAUUCUUGUGAUCCACAGAGGUCUAGAGAGCAGCAAAGUGCUGUUGAGGUUGUAUCUAUUGGUAGCAAAGCACUGCUGGAAGUUGCAUCUGUGGAAGAUGGGGAAGAGGUAGAGCAAGUGAGAGGCAGUCCAUGUGUUCAAAGUAGGAGCCCGGUGAGGGCUCCUCUUGGCAUUACAUUGAGUGCGGGUUCUUGUUCGCGGAAACCUCUUAGGAUUGGGAGCACAGCAAGCUCUAAUUUUUCAAUGCCUUCUGUUCCUGAGAAUUGCCAUAGCGCUUCAGAACUGCCUGAUUUGAUAUCUCUCAAAACGCGGAUGGAACAUCAGUUGGAAGCUCAGGGCCUUGGUUUGUCUGUGGAAUGUGUGAAUUUGUUGAAUAGUAGCUUGGAUUUAUACCUGAAGGGGCUAAUUAAGCCAUGUAUAGACCUAGCCAGAGCAAGGUGCAGCAGUGAGAGUAUUCAUCGACAGAAUUCUCAUAGGCUUGGUGUGCGGCAAGAGCAGUUUCAGAGACCAAAUCAAUUUUAUUCAGUGUCAUUGCAUGAUUUCCGAGUGGCGAUGGAACUCAAUCCUGGAGUACUCGGAGUUGAUUGGCCUGAAAAACUUGAGAAGAUAUGCCUUUAUUCCUCUGACGAUUGAAAUGUCUUUGCUUCAUGAUUCCUUGGAGCAUUAGCUACAUGACUCCAGUUCAAAUUGUUACAGACAUUUACUUCUUGAGUAUCAAGAAGAUAUGAUGUUAAAGUUGUCCAAAGUAAAGGAUUUCUGUUGAGAUUGAGAAGCUUCCCAUUGCUGAGAAUUCAUCAUAUAAAAGCUUGGAGGCAAUAAAAUCAAGGGCUUGUUUGACUGAUCAAGCCACUAAAUUUUGGUGAUGGGUCAAUUUCUCCAUCUAUUAUUGUAAAUCAUCUAGACCCAAUUAUAGUACUUCAUAUCAACACGAUCUUUGAUAUUGUUUACGUGUCAGUUGUUCAUUAAAAAUGCUGAGUUAGUUCAUGUAAAUGAACCAUUAGCUAGAGAUUGAAUGCCAAUGAUGUCAAUUUUGCCA